UCGUUCCUCUACGACAGACUUUUUUUUUUUUUUUGUCUCUCGAUCGAAAGGCGAGGGUUUUGGACGAGCAAAAGGAAGAAUACGACCUCAAGCGAGGAGAGGGAGCAGGAUCGCCGACGAUGCCUUACGUGGUCCGCAACCGCCUCUUGUUCGGCGACAUCAAGGCCGCCGCCGAAGUGCUCCAGAAGGGGAGCGCCGAGGUCACUCACGUGCUCUCGCUCCUCAGCUCCGCCUCCAUCUCUUUCUUCUCCGGCUGGCGACCCGACAUCUCAAUCCCCACUCAGAAGAUUAAGGAGGUGUACGCCGGCGCUGAUGGAUCCUGGAGGAAGUCUCUGACGCCGGGGAAGCUCCUGUAUUCGCUCGAGCAUGCCGGGCCGGAGCUGAAGCUGGUGAGGAUGGGGGUGCCGUUGAGGGAUACGGAGGACGAGGACCUGUUGGACUACCUAGACGUGUGCUUGGAUUUUAUCGACCAGGGGAGGAAGGAGGGGUCGGUUUUGGUGCAUUGCUUCGCUGGUGUUUCGCGAAGUGCUGCUGUAAUAACUGCAUAUUUAAUGAAAACAGAACAGAAAUCGUUGGAAGAUGCACUUGAAUCCUUGCGUGAAGUGUGUGAAGUUGUAAGCCCAAAUGAUGGUUUUCUGGAUCAGUUAAGUUUAUUUGAAGAAAUGGGUUUCAAAGUUGAUACCGAAAGCCCCAUUUAUAAGCGCUUCCGCUUAAAAGUAUUAGGUCAUUCUUAUAAACAAGGGGAGAAAUUAGAUAGUUCAGUAUUUGGCGCAGAUCCUGGUUUACCUGCAGAUUCCAUCCCUUCUGAGGGUAUCAAAGGAGAUCAACAUACAGCUUACCGGUGCAAAAAAUGCAGGAGAGUUGUUGCAUUGCAAGAGAAUGUUGUUAGUCAUGUACCUGGUGAGGGUGAGACAUGCUUUGAUUGGCAAAAGAGGAAAAACAAUAAUCGAACAAAUAGAUUUCAGGACCAAGACUGUUCGUCUUUGUUUGUCGAACCCUUGAAGUGGAUGACUUCAGUCGAAGAGGGUGCUAUGGAAGGAAAACUCUCGUGCAUCCAUUGUGUUUCACGUCUAGGAUACUUCAACUGGUCAGGCAUCCAGUGCAGCUGUGGCAGCUGGAUUACCCCUGCAUUCCAGAUUCAUAAAAGCAAAAUAGAUAUUAGUAGAGUGUAGUAAUUCUGGAGCAGAUUGAAGCAAAUCCGAAGGCCUCGUCUUGGUGGUACUCAUGGGGAGGAAGUGCAAAUUCGUAUCAGAUGACUUGCAGAAUACAUUUGGGCCAUUGUUUUUCAGUGUGUACUGUUUUAUUUCUUGCAGUUCUUGUUUAAUGUGAGCUAGUCUCUGUUGUUUAAAGAAAAAAGGCUUGUAAAAAAAUGAAUAUACACCGAACUCAUUUGGGAACAAAGAAUUGACUGAUGCCUGAGAUUAAAAGAUUAUGCUAAUGCUUUUGUUCAA